UACCCCCGUGGCUAUCCCUUUCCUGAACUAGAUAUUAGGAAAGUAUAUCCGACCAGAAAACAACACAGCAACAAAUAGAAACGACGCAAAAGAAGCAACAAAGCCACAUAGUGCUCAAAUCUCACCAAACCCCUCGUCAAAAUGCACCUCUUCUCAUCAAACCUCUUCAUUCUCGCCGUCGUCACCACCACCUCCUCCCUAGUCACCGCCGCACCACCAUCGCUCAAGCCCCUACCUUCAAACGUACGACAUCUACUACCGACCCCGAGUGGAAACCCGAAUAAGAUCUCGACAUGUCCCGCAGAUGCGAAGAGACAGUGCUGCGUCACGCUGCAGGAGGCGUCGAAUACGUUGUUGUCGGGUCUGGGAGACCUAGUGCCGUAUUUAAGUGGUGUGGAGGUUGGGAGUGUUCUUGGGAUGGGGUGCACCGAUAUCGCUGAUAAUGCCCCUGAUUAUGAUUGUCGGGACACAAUUGCAUGCUGUUCGGGCGCUGAGUUGGUAUGUUUAGUUGUGUCCUUUUUAUUUCAUUCUAUUCUUAUUUGUCAGGCCUGACCUUCGAGCGUAUACUGACUUUUUGUGAAAAGCUCGGACCGCAUACGGUGACUGGUGGAUGUUACCCGCCGCCUUCUCAUCCUUCUCCUCCUCCUUCUUCGCAUUGAGUUGGAUAGGAAAGUGGAUGGUUUGGUUGCAGGGGGAUAUGUGAUAUGUUCGACUAGUUUUUUUUUUAUAUUGAUGGCUUUUGAUCUUGAGAGGGGAGUGUGAAGCGGGUAGGGAAAGGAUGAUAUCUGGGG